AUGAAAAGCCAGGGUAGAGCCUCGGAGCCGGCCCAAGCGAAGAUCGGCACUCGCAGGCUUGAGGAGCAGCCCGAAAAAGGGAAAGCCGUGGAGACGGCAGACUCGCCAGUCAGGCACACCGUGAGGCUGACUACAGCAGACCAGGAGGUUACAAUUCCUGUUUUCCUGUUUCGGCCUUCGGGGUCAACUCGGCGGCUUCUAUUAGGAAGACGGCGCAAAGGAAGAACCCCUUUACAUUGGGCUGCAUAUAAAGGUUUUGCAGAUAUUGUACGUCUUCUUCUCUUUCUGGAUGCAAAUGGAAAGCACCAAGACAAAGAAGGUUUUAUACCUUUACAUUGGGCUGCUAUCAGGGGAAAUUUAACAGCAUGCAGAAUAUUAGUGCAAGCAGGAAAGAAAGAUGAUUUAAUGAUGACUGAUAAUAGUGGCCUUACACCACAACAACAUGCUUCUGAUAGAAAUCAUCAACAAGUUACAAAUUUCCUUGGUAAUGCUAGGAAGUUGCAUUAUGAGGGGGGUAUAUUUGGGAAGCUAUCAAAACUAAGGCUAGCAGCAGCACUUGUGUGUGUAAUAUUUAUGCUACUUUUGACCUAUAUCAAUUCAGUCAUCAUGGCUUCAAAUUUUCCAACAUUAACAGAUGUUUCUGCAUUUUUUGCAUGGAUUGGUGUAAUAUUAGCAACUACAGGAUUAAUUCUUUUCUAUCGGUGUAGCUGCAAAGAUCCAGGUUACAUUAAAUCCAACAGAAAUGAUUCAAAAGAUACAAGAGAUGAUGAGCCUUUACUUAAGCUUGAGUUGCGGGACCCAGCGAUCCUAGCUGGCAAAUGGACUCGACUCUGUGCAGCUUGUAAGAUUAUUCAACCUCUUGAAGCAGAGCAUUGUGACACAUGUGAGCGUUGUGUGGAGCAAUUAGACCAUCACUGCCCUUUGAUAUCUAAUUGCAUCGCAAAGAAAAACAAAUGGGAUUUUUUGGGUUUUCUUGUUCUUGAAGUUUUUGCCAUGAUGAUAACGGGUAUCGUUUCCCUUACAAGAAUUGUGAGGGAUCCAUGGGCUCCAUCUUCUAUUGGGGGGUGGUUGCUACAUGUUGGUUAUCAACAUGUUGGUGUUGUAUUAUUUUUAGUUUCAGAUAUUUUUCUCUUGAUUUGUGUCUCGAUUUUUACUUAUGUGCAAAUUUCUCAGUACAAUGUUGAUGAUUUUCAGGACAAAUAUAUUUGGAAAGCAAGCACUAUUGCACGGGUAUCGUCUGUAUGGUCUUGCAGACAAUAUGCAUAA